CUCAUCUUCGACGAUGUGGCUGCGCGUGACGAUCGCUCUUCUGUUGGCCUGCGUGGCGGUGGUCUUGGCCCAGGGAGAUGGGCGUUAUCGUCCUCCGCCCACAAAGGCUAAUCGAGGUGGCAAUGAUGGACGCUAUUCGGCUGGCAACGAUGGACGCUAUCGCGGAGGCAGCGAUGGUCGAUACUCUGGCGGCAACGAUGGACGGUAUGUCCAUACGGAUAAUAAGUACCAGCAUGACGAUCGUCCAGGCGGUGGUUACACCGGGGACCAGGGACGCUAUGUGGGUGACAAGAACAAGGGAGGCGGAGGUGGUGGAGGCGGUGGAGGAGGUGGUGGAGGUAGAGACGGAGCAGGAGGUGGUGGUGCGCCCGUGACAAGGGCCACAGCCAAACCGGCGCCACGUCCCACCACGGCACCACCACCGGCGAUAGUCGAUCCCACUGCCAAUUUGCCUAAGGGGCGUGGCACCGGCGAAGGGGGCAACGGCUGGGCCAUCAUCCGCCAAGAAGACGACGUGGAGCAGGAUGGCUAUCACUAUCUCUGGGAAACGGAGAACGGCAUUCUGGGCGAGGAGAGUGGACGCAUCGAGAAGUUGACCGAGGAGGAUGGGCUGCGGUCCAAAGGCUUCUACGAGUAUACCGGACCCGACGGAAUCCUCUACCGCGUGGACUACGUUGCCGAUGACAACGGCUUUGUGCCCAGUGCCGCCCACCUGCCCACGGCUCCGCCCCCACCGCCCUAUGUGGCCAAGUUGUUGGCCUAUCUCGAGGAAAAUGCCAAGAGGAAGAAAUAAAUGAGGCCAUACAUGUGUAAAUGUCAAAGGUUGCAGGUUAAUAAACUGUUGUGCCAUAA